AUGAUGGAAAAAUUUACUGGUACUAGAUCAAAACAAAGAUUCUUCAUAUAUUCAAUAAUAAUAAUAUGGUUAUUACUAAUAAAUAUUUGGUUAUUUCAUACAUAUCAUUCAAGAACUCAUCCAAAUAAUAAUAAAUCAAUAGAUCAAUCAUCAAUAUAUCAUGAAUAUGAUGAAUCAAAUAUUUUAAGUGAUUCAAAAAUUCCAAAACUAGGGCAUAAUAAUAUAGAAGAUUUACAUACUGGAGAAGAAGAAGAAGAAGAAGGUAAACCAAAAAAAUCAUUCAAAGAUGAUUUAACAAUAAAAUUAUUACAAAAACAACAACUGAAAUUAAAAGAUGUUAGAGGUAUUGAUGCUCAUGCAACAGUAUAUAAUGAAAUUUUCAAAAAUCAUAUGAUUGAUUCAAUAUUUGGAAAUUUAAAUUUUCAAGAACGUUGUGAUUUAUUUUUUCAAAAUUUAUUUAUAAAUGAUAAAAAUUGGAUAUUUAAAAUUAAUGAAAAAUUAAAAUUAGAAAAUAAAGGAGAAUUUAAAUUUGAAGAUUUUAGAAGACAUAAUUUAGAUCAAUAUAAAAAAGAUUGGGCAGAAGUAAAUAAUUUAAAUAAAGAUGAAGUUGAAAAUGAACCACAUUUUGAAGAUUGGGUUAAAACAAAAUAUAAAGAAUUUUGGGAUAAAACAAUGAAUUAUGAACAAAAAAUAGUUGAUCAUUUAUCUAUAUUAAGAGUUUUUAAUAAAUGUUAUUUAACAAGUGAUAAUAUAAAUCAAAUUAAAAAAACAAAUGAAUUUAUAAAACGUCAACAAAGAUUUAUGAAUGGAAUAUAUUUAGCAAGUAGAAAAGGUGAAGGUUUACCACCUUUUCAAUAUACAAAAUCUGAAAAUUUAAUACAUUUUAAAUCAAUAAAACAUUCAGCAUUUGAACAUAGAGUUUAUCCUUGGUUAUCAUUUGAAAAUCCAAUAUUUGAAAGAUUUACAGGAGAUGUAUUAUAUAAUCCUCCAAAAAUGUCAAAAUAUAUAAAAGAUGGUUCACAAAAUACUCACAAGGAUUUAAAAGAAAAUAAUCAAUUAGAUUUUUUUUUAAAUAAAUUUAAAAAUCAAUGUAAUGGUAAAGGUAUUGUUUUAUCAAUAGGUGAUAAUCAUGUUGAUGAUACUGUUAGAUUAAUUCAUUUAUUAAGAGCUUUAAAUAAUAAAUUACCUAUACAAAUUGUUUAUUAUGAAGAUUUAUCAAUUGAAACUAAAAAAAAAAUUGUAACAGCAGCAAGAGAAGAAUUUAAAGUAUUACCACGUUCAUUUAAUAAAAUUAAAAAUCAUUUCCCACUGGAUUAUUUAAAUGGUAAUAAAGGUUUACCAGAACAAGAAAUUUGGUUUGUUAAUACUUAUAAUGUUAUUCAUAAUGAUUUUAAAGAUAAAUUUAAAGGUUAUGCAAAUAAAUUUUUAGCUACAUUUUUUAAUUCAUUUGAAGAAUUUAUGUUAAUUGAUGCUGAUACUGUUAUGAUGCAAACUCCAGAAUAUUUUUUUAAUUUAGAAGGUUAUCUAAAAACUGGUACAUUUUUUUAUAAAGAUAGAACAGCAAGUGAAAAAAGACCAAAAUCAGAUUCUGUUUUUUUUAAAAAAUUAGGUCCCUCCAUAAUAGAUUCAGUUAUGUUUGAUAUUCCAAUAAUGACUAAUUAUACUUGUGGUAGAGAAUUUUUUAAUGGAAUGUAUCAUUAUCAAGAAAGUGGAUUAGUUAUGUUAAAUAGAAAUAUUCAUUUUAAUUCCCUUUUAAUGAUGUUACAAUUAAAUUUUUAUGAACCAAUAAAUGGUAGAAUUCAUGGAGAUAAAGAAAUUUUUUGGUUAGCUUUUGCAAUAAAUGGUGAUGAAAAUUAUAUUUUUAAUAAAAAUUUUGCAGCUGCUAUUGGUAAAAAAACAACAACUGAUGAAAGAUCAAAACCUGAUGGUUCAUCACAUAAAUCAAUUGAAUUAUGUUCUCCUCACCCGGGGCAUAUAUCAGAUCAAGAUAAUGCAUUAGUUUGGAUUAAUUCUGGUUUUUUUUAUUGUUCAAAAAAUCAAGAUGUUGAAUUUGAAAAAGAAAUAAAUCAUAAAUCUCAUUUAAAAUAUUUAAAAACAAUUGAACAAUUUAAAUCUUUUUAUUUUUCUCCAUUAAGAAUAAGUUCUGCAAUUAUACCACCAAUAGAUCAUGAAGAAUCAGCAAUAAAUAAAGAUGAUGAACCAAGUAGAGGUUGGUUUCUUGAUAAUAGAUAUUGUAAAGGUUAUAUGUGGUGUGCUUAUUCUUCAAUUGGUGGAAAAAUUAAUGAUAAUGAAAAAGAUAAAGAUAAAAAAAAUUCAAAUUUUAAACAAGGUCAAUUAUUUGAUUUUUCUGAAAAUGAACAAAAUUUAUUUAAUUUUUAUGGUGAUGUUUGGGUUGGAUUAGAAUAA